UCCAUCCCUCUCUCUCUCUCUCUCUCUCUCUCUCUCUCUCUCUCUCUCUCUCUCUCAGUUUCUGUAUUUCCAUGGCUGCAUCUGCUUCUUUCAAAUUCAGUGGAAUGUCAGACAUGUCUGGAACCACAAGCCGUGAUCACAGAGUUUCUUUUCCCGCCAACAAUGUAUUUUCAGUUCAGUUCCAGCGUAGCUUCAAUUACUUGAAAUGCGUAUCUAGAUCGUCAUUUGUUUCAUCUGUUAUUGGAGUUGCAUGUGUAAAAUCAAAAUCUGAGGUGGUGACUAUCAAAGAAGAAGCAAAAGACAUUAUAGAAGCUGAAGCUCCUGUUGUUAUUGUCACCGGAGCGUCUAGAGGUAUCGGGAAAGCGGUUGCCCUAGCUUUAGGCAAAGCUGGUUGUAAGGUUUUGGUUAAUUAUGCAAGAUCGUCUAACGAAGCAGAACAAGUUUGUAAACAGAUCGAGGAAGCAGGUGGUCAGGCACUUACAUUUAAAGGAGAUGUUUCAAAAGAAUCAGAUGUUGCAUCUAUGAUCAAAACCGCAGUUGAUGCGUGGGGGACUGUUGAUGUAUUGGUCAACAAUGCAGGGAUUAUAAAGGAUGGUUUGUUGAUGAGGAUGAAGACAUCUCAAUGGCAGGAAGUUAUUGAUUUGAAUCUCACUGGUGUAUUCCUAUGUACACAGGCUGCUGCCAAGAUUAUGAUGAAAAAGAAAAAGGGAAGAAUAAUCAAUAUAACAUCUGUUGUUGGUCUGAGUGGCAAUGUUGGGCAAGCCAACUACAGUGCUGCAAAAGCUGGAGUAAUCGGGUUUACCAAAACUGUGGCAAAGGAAUACUCCAACAGGGGCAUAAAUGUGAAUGCUGUUGCCCCUGGAUUUAUUUCAACGGAUAUAAUUGCUAAUCUUGGGGAAGACAUCAAGAAAAAGCUGUUGGAGACAAUCCCCAUGGGAAGGUAUGGGCAACCUGAAGAAGUUGCUGGGCUUGUAGAAUUUUUGGCUCUUAAUCCAGCAGCUGCUUACAUGACUGGACAGGUGAUUACCAUUGAUGGAGGAAUGGUGAUGUAAGAGCAUUCGGAAAACCAAUCAUAUGUUUGAACUGAAGAAAGAAAAAUUCAAUCAUGUUUAUGUUUAAUUUAAAAAUGUCAUUUCAUGUGUUCAUGCUGUGUUGAAAGCAAGAUUUCCUAUCCUAAAAUAAAUGACCCUUUAACCAUUUUUAAUGCUAAGAAAAUGUGGUGAUUGUGUUGUUU